AUGACCGAGCUCAGCUUCACCAAGCAGUUCCUCGCAACCCUCGCGACCCGCAACGUCCACAUCCCAGCCGACUUCUGCGAAGACCCGCGAAAGCUCCCCUCGCGCACUCCCUACACCCUCCCGCCCACCAAGAAGCCCAAAACCAAGCGCACCACGUCCAGCACCACCACCUCAAUCCCCUCUGCAAACAUCAGCAUCAAGUCGCUCCGCGGCGCCCAGAUCAGCCAUGAAAUCCCUAGCACGCCCCUCAGCUCCACGAUCCUAACGCUCAAGCACAACCUCUCGAAAGCGACCGGCCUCCCGAUCGACAAGCUCAAGCUCCUCCUCAAGGGCAAGGUCCUAACGGAUCUCAAGACGCUAGAGGAGCUUGGGAUUGUGGAUGGUGUGGACGUGGGCUUCACGGUCAUGGUCAUGGGCGGGGCUUCGCCGGCGCCGAGUGCACCGCCUGAGGACAAGGGCUUGGUGGAUCCUGGCGAGGAUAAGGGUGCUGUGAAGAAGAGCGCGCUGGGUGAGGAGAAGUUCUGGCAGGAUUUGGGAGCUUUCCUGAAGGAACGUUUAGGGAGUAGCGAAGUGCUGGAGGAACCAGAACAUGUGCUGGAGACUUUUAGAGUCGCGUGGGGAAAACGGACGUUGUAG